CUCCCGUUAGACGAAGAGUGGCUGAGGGGAGGGGACAGCCGGGCAGGCAGGAAGCUACCGCUUAAAAGGGCCGCCCGCGCUGAUCCCUUCCUCCCGCGGUUCAGGCCUCCGAGCGCCCGUCUCCUCUGGCUGGUCCGCCCGUCGCCUCAGCCCGCCGCCAUGUACCGCCGCCUGGGCGAAGCUCUGCUGCUGUCCCGCUCCGGGCCCGCAGCCCUCGGUUCGGCGGCUGCCGACUCGGCCGCGCUCCUCUGCUGGGUCCGCGGACAACCCUCCGCCGCCCCGCUCCCCGGGCUGACACCGGCAGCCCGGCGCCACUACAGCGAGGCGGCCGCCAACCACGAAGACGACCCCAACUUCUUCAAGAUGGUGGAGGGCUUCUUCGACCGCGGCUCCAGCAUCGUGGAGGACAAGUUGGUGGAGGACCUGAAGACCCGGGACAGCGAGGAGCAGAAGCGGAAGCGGGUGCGCGGCAUCCUGCAGAUUAUCAAGCCCUGCAACCAUGUGCUGAGCGUCUCCUUCCCCAUCCGGCGCGACGACGGCUCCUGGGAGGUCAUCGAAGGCUACCGGGCCCAGCACAGCCAGCACCGCACACCCUGCAAGGGAGGUAUCCGCUACAGCUCUGAUGUGAGUGUGGAUGAAGUGAAAGCUCUGGCUUCUCUGAUGACAUAUAAAUGUGCAGUGGUUGAUGUGCCAUUUGGUGGUGCUAAAGCAGGUGUUAAGAUCAAUCCCAAGAGCUAUACAGAUAAUGAAUUGGAGAAGAUCACACGGAGAUUCACCAUGGAGCUAGCAAAGAAGGGUUUCAUUGGUCCUGGCAUUGAUGUGCCUGCUCCAGACAUGAGCACGGGCGAGCGGGAGAUGUCUUGGAUCGCUGACACCUAUGCCAGCACCAUAGGGCACUAUGAUAUUAAUGCACAUGCCUGUGUAACUGGCAAACCCAUCAGUCAAGGAGGCAUCCAUGGGCGCAUCUCUGCUACUGGGCGUGGUGUUUUCCAUGGAAUUGAAAACUUCAUCAAUGAAGCCUCUUACAUGAGCAUUUUGGGAAUGACACCAGGGUUUGGAGAUAAGACAUUUGUUGUUCAGGGAUUUGGUAAUGUGGGCCUGCAUUCUAUGAGAUACUUGCAUCGUUUUGGUGCUAAAUGUGUUGGUGUUGGUGAAUCUGAUGGGAGUAUAUGGAAUCCAGAUGGUAUUGACCCAAAAGAACUGGAAGACUUCAAAUUGCAACAUGGAUCAAUUCUGGGCUUCCCCAAAGCAAAGGUCUAUGAAGGAAGCAUCUUAGAGGCUGACUGUGACAUCCUGAUCCCUGCUGCCAGCGAGAAGCAGCUGACCAAAUCCAAUGCACCCAGAGUCAAAGCCAAGAUCAUUGCUGAAGGAGCCAAUGGACCAACCACUCCAGAGGCUGAUAAGAUUUUCCUGGAAAGGAACAUCAUGGUUAUUCCAGAUCUCUACCUAAAUGCCGGAGGAGUGACAGUGUCUUACUUUGAGUGGCUAAAGAAUCUAAAUCAUGUCAGCUAUGGCCGACUGACCUUCAAAUACGAAAGGGACUCUAACUACCACUUGCUCAUGUCUGUUCAAGAGAGCUUAGAAAGAAAGUUUGGAAAGCAUGGUGGAACUAUUCCUGUAGUACCCACAGCAGAGUUCCAGGACAGGAUAUCGGGUGCAUCAGAGAAAGACAUCGUACACUCUGGCUUAGCCUACACAAUGGAGCGAUCUGCCAGGCAAAUUAUGCGCACAGCCAUGAAGUAUAACUUGGGAUUGGAUCUGAGAACUGCUGCCUAUGUCAACGCCAUUGAGAAAGUCUUUAAGGUGUACAACGAAGCCGGUGUGACCUUUACAUAGACAAGUCACAACUGACUUCCUCACCACCCUCUUCACCUGUAACUUUUUCAGACCCAUCACAAGUUUACAUGUAACCACAGAAAUCUUUUCCUGUGACUCAUUAGAUAAUGGACACUGUUCUCAAGAAGUCAAUCUGAAACAUCCCCUUAAAGAAACAGUUAGGUUAGGGGAUCAUAUGCAAGCUGAGUGUAAAAGUAGAAAUCACACACAGAGCCAUUUAGGUGUUUUGCCUUUAGGUAAAGUCUCUGCCUCCUGGCUGUGCUAUCUUGCUCUGGGGCUCUUCCAACAGGGCCAGUGUAUUGCCAGGGAAGGUAGUCAAGAGCAGUCAGUUACUAUUUCUCUGGACAAGUCUAGGAACUUUGACACUUGUAAGAAGUAGUGUAUGGCGUUUUCCAAUGGUGGCAUGGUCCUCAGAUGAGUUAUUGCUAUUUUACAUCAACAAAAUGACUCAGAUUUAUAAGUUGCAAACAAAGAUAAAACCUGUUUCUCUUAUGUAUUUUAUUUACAUGCUGCUGUAGUAAAAUUGCCUUUAAUCACUUAUGCCUAACCUUUACUCAAGCAGUGAAUGCCUAAAAACAUAAUAAAUGAAAAAAGCUAGUAUUUUUAUAACAUAAAAACAGUAUCAUGUAUAGCUUAUCAGACAUGAAUUGUCUAGCAAAAAGAAAGAAUCACUAUGGGAGAAUUCUUCAUACCUGCAAAAGAUGUGCACUAUUUGGGGGAAUUUGUAACAGUCCAGAAAGUGCAUCAGCCUUCUCUUUGUUUUGAGUAAUUGAACCAAAUUCAAGUAGAGUGUCCCAGGAAAAAACACAUGCGCUCCCUGUUUGGAGUCUGGCAGGUGCUGAGCAUGGCCAGUGGCCCUGUGUGUCCCCCUUCUUCGGAGGCUUUGCGUUCUGUACCCAGCUUCACUAACAGCAGGCUAACUGCCUGGGGUUGACUUUUGUUUAGGGAGUUAUGUGGCCAGGCUAGUCUUUUAAACAAGAGUGUCCCAGUUGAGUAUUAGAUUAUUUAUGUAAUGAGCGCUUUUUUUUAAACAAUACCCUUUCAGAAAUUUCUAACUACUUUGUAACUGCAUGAUUAACCUGGUGAUAAAAGCAGUUAUUAAAGGUCUACCUUUUCCAAAGUUUC